CCGCGUUUUCUUAACUUUAACUUCGUUUCGGCAUUAAAUAAGAUAAUGUGUUCUUAUAAUUUAAUGAAUCUUAAGUUACGCUUUAGUUUCCCCUUUGAGUCUUUAAUUAUUUUGUAACAUUAUUGUGAAUCAAAAAACUGAAUCAAAUUGCAAUUAUCAAUAAGCCUUUAAAUUUGUUUCCAGUGUUUUCCUUUUAGGUUGUGGAAAUUUGGUCAUAAGAAUUGUUAACGAGGUGAAUUGUUUAAUGACAAUGUUUACUUAUUAAAAAUGGAUGUGAUUAUCAACAUUGAUCAAUUGAUCAACAAGUUGGACUGUGGUCAUGAUCAAAGUGAUGUUUUUUAUGUUCACAGAUGUUUAAAAACAUUUUGUGGAAAGUGUAAACAAGAAAAUGAUUUGUGUGUCAUGUGUAAAUCUAAACUUGUCGAAACUGAUUAUCUCAAAGCCAUUGAAAGGAAAAGAUGUAGAGAUGAUUCCGUUUGUAACAAUCAAGCCAUUUUCCAUUGUUUUUGUGAUGAAAAAGAUUUUUGUGAGCCUCAUUUACUUAGUUUUCAUAGAACAAUUUUACCAUCAAAACGAUGUUGUGCUGUGAUUCUCAGUUCGGAGACUGAUGAUCAACCAUGUUCCAAAUGUAGCAAAUGUAUCGCUCAAUUUUUCGACAAUGAAACCAGUGAAUUGUUUUGUGCAAAAUGUGCAAAGAAUAACAAUUCUUCUAACAUCGUACCAAUUGAAUUAGACAACAACAACAACACCGAUACCAACAACAUCAGAGUAACCGAAAAUAUUAAAAUUUAUCUUGCUGAUGUACAAAAGCAAUUGGAUCUAUUGAACAUAAAACUAAAAGAGUAUACGAAUGAGAUUGAAAAAGAAAAGGACAAGUUCGAUAAGCAAAUCAACCACUUGCAAAAGGAAUUGGAAUCUUAUGUGAACAUUAACAAAGAUCAAUUAGACUCUUUGCGAAAUUCAGUUGACAAAGUUAAACAAUUUUUGAAUUUAUUGAAUCGCAGUGAUAAACUUGGAAUAACCAAUUUAAUCAAGUCGGAUAAGCUCAACUAUAAACUUGCGGACUCGAAAUUACGGCUGUGGGUUGGAGAGAUCAUUCAAUCGUAUAAUAUUCCUGAAUUAACAAAAUCGGGUUUUAGCUGGAUCGAAGAGACUGAUUUUCAUGAGUUGGUUCCUGGUCCACGGAAUUGGAAGUCUAAUCAUAGUCCAUUCUUUCCAGAUAAUAUACUUAAAUUGGCUCACGACUUUAUCAAAGAUCAUCUUCGCCAUAAAAAUGACUGUAACUCUCCAUCCUGCCCCUGUAAGUCAGGCAAUCUUAUCAACUGUAUCCAACAAAAGUUUGUCAACCUCACAAACCAGAAACAACUUACAAGAAACGAUUUGGAUUAUUUUCUCGACUGUUCUUCCAUUGCUGGUGGUGAUGUUACUCUAUUAAUUGAAACUGGUAAACGAGCUCUUAAUCAGUCAGUAGAUCUGACGUUUGCUCGAAUAUGUUUCGAAGAAGCUCAUCGAAUCGAUCCAACAAAUUGGUUUGUUCUCGACACUUUAAUGGGUCUUUAUUUCGUACUCAAUGAUCACAAUAAUUGUCUACAAUUCGCAAUCAAAGGAUUAAUGAAGGAUGGCAAUUACUUUAAAGCUCGUGUAUUAGUCUCAGAGAUGUUGAAACUUUCGCCAUCUUUAGAAUCAGAAUUGCCUGUCCGUCUUAAUUAUCUAAAAAAUUGGAAUCCGCAGCAAGGCUUAGAAAGAAAGAGAAAACUUUUAGAAGUUCUGGAGAAUUUAAAACGACUCCAUGAGCGACGAAAGGAAAGUGAAGAAAAACGAGAAAAUUUUCGAAAAUCUUUAAGUUUUGAUCUCAAUGACACCAGAUAUAACUCUUUAAAAUCUGUCAUUUCAGCCUUGAUAGACGUUAAAAACAAAAUGACAGAACAUAAAGUCGAUCCUAAUUCGUUAAUAUCGAUCACUAUCUCUACCAAUCCUGUUCCAAAUGGCAAUGCUCCUCGGUCUAUCCGUAGUUCUCACAAGAAAGCCCUAAAUCAAAAUAAUAAGCGAAAGACCAUAGGAUCAAGAGGAUCAAGUCCUGAGUUAUCUGUCAAACGGAGACCAAUUCGAAAUAAGAAGACAACCGAUGCAACGGUCGACAAUAUGUACAAAAAGAUUUUCUUCAUGUUCCCCGAAAGUGUUUUAACUCGUGAAAUAGUCCAGAAAGACGACGAGUUAAUGAUACAUACUCAGCACGAAACUCAAGUGGAACAUUUAAUUUUAACCCGUUAUCGCUCGAAACAAAUACCAUUCGUCUCAAAAGGAAAACAAAUCGAUCUGCUUAUUAGCGAUCUUCUCUACGAAAUAGCAGACCAAGCAGCUUUAAUCAAAUUACCUUCUAAUUUCAUGGAUCUGUAUGGAAUUCAUCGAAAAAGUUAUCCAUUGUCCAAACCUUCAACGCUUUGUACCAGUGGUAUUGGAGUAUUAGCGACAAAAUUGAUCUUAACUGCCAAUGAGGUGAACUUUAAUCAAUCUGAAGCAAUAUUUUUGACUGAAUCAAUUCCAUAUAUACGAGAUUUAUUGAAUCCAAGCGAUUAUGAUAAAUUUUUCAUUCGUCUCAUGAUUCUUCGAGGAAUCAAAGAAUCUAAAGUUGAUUAUCUUCUAAUGGCAAAUGAAGUUUUCGAAAAAUCUGACCUUAAAUGGGUUCAAACAGCAAAUCAAACAUUUUUUAGUUCGUCUAUUCUUAAAUCAAUGAUCAACGAGAUGAACGAAAAUAAUUUGGAUACGUUAUUGGACCAACAUCGACACGAGGAAAUUGUUGAACUAUUAGCAUCCAAAUCUGAGCUCUCUAAACAAGAAGAAGUGUACCUUUGUCGCUCUAUUCAGUCAUCAAAACAAUGGAAACGUGGAAUCGAAAUUAUUGCUAAAAGUAAACAAUUAACUGAUCGAUUGUUAAAACUGUUACGAGCUUGUUUAAAGAAUGGUGAUAAACUAUCAAUUGAUCGUGAGUUGGCCAUUAAUUUGCUCAAAUUAGGGACUAAAGACUACAAUGCAAUGGCCUGGACUUGUAUUCUACAAACAUUCAUAAAUGAAAUGCGAGAUGGUAAAUUAGACGAUGGAAAAAUCACUGGUUUGAUUGGUUCAGUUCACGAUUAUUUAGGUCAUAGAGAUGCUUGUUGUGAUUACAAUGGAGAGUUUUUAUCUCUCGCACUUGAUUAUCUGAUUUUUCAAUGUAGCAGAAUCAAAGAGGGGCUAAUUCUCAGCUGCCUUGGCUGCUAUUACAAACAAUUAGAAUGUAGCUUUCUAUCAGCUAAUCAUGAAUCAGGAGUUUCUCUACGUUGGAAGGACAUUCGUCCUAUUUACAAUUACUUCAUCCCUGAAACUUUACCAAAGUUUGAUAGUGAAACAGAUAAAUCAAUCGAUUUAAAUACUGUAGAGCUUCUACGCAAUUUACUUCCCUUGGUCCCUGAAAAUUUAAAUCCUGAAAGAUUUUCCAGUUCUGUCAAAGAAUUUAUCGAUCAUGGAAAAUCAAUUGAGCUUACAGCAAUUAUUCCGAAAAAUCAUGUUACUCGAGAUCUUUACUAUUAUUUAGCUGAUUAUUACUUAAAACACGGCCACUUUCAAAAAGCCAGCAAAUUUUAUAUUCUUGAUUUAACUUUAAAUCGAAGUCGAUUUGAUUCAUGGGCUGGCUGUGCUCUCACAAUAACAAAAUAUUCUUCGACUAGUUGUCGAGAUUUCUGCUCAUUUACUGAAGAAAAGUUGCUUUUAGAAGAAAAAGUAUUUCGUUGUUUCAAUGAAGCGAUUCGGCUCAAAGAUAAUAAUUCAAGGGUAUGGUUCGAAAAUGGAAAGUGUGCUUAUAAAUCGCGAGUUAUAUUUCUCGAGUCAUAAAAUUUGGACCAG